AGGGCCAGGCACACAGAUAAGCCCCCAGGCACAGAAGGUCAGUGCAGCACUGCUGGAGGAAGCAGAGAUGAUGUGGUAUCAGAGGGGCACUGCUGGCACUGAGGCUCUGAGGAUGCUCAGCGUGGCUCUCAGCAUUGCGGUGCUUCUGGCAGCUGAAGGCUGUGGGGCAGAAGACACGGUCCACCAGGACUGCACCAUCAACACGGAGGAGCGUGCCCGCAUGCUGGGGAUACUGCAGCUCUCAACUAUAGACAGCGAGCUGCCCAACCCCAGUGUGCUGCUGGCCCUCAACCUGGCUGGGGACAGCAGCAAGGCCCGGCAGUACUUGUUGGAGCAGAUCAAGGAGACGGCAGUGAAGCAAGCAAAAGACAUGUCCUCGGGCCAGGUGGCCCUGUACACGCUGGCCCUGCUCUCCUCCUGCUGUAACCCAAGACAUGUAAAGGUGCACAGGCAGAGCGUUGACCUGCUCAGCAUCCUUCAGGAGAAGACAGACCAGGAGGUGGCACACUGGGAGGAGUAUGGCAUCCCACAGAGCACCCUGUUCAGCAUGGGGCUGGACGCACAAGCGCUGUGUGUGGUGGGUGCUGGUGGCUACCAGAGCGCUGCCGUCAUCCUGGCCAAGCAGCUGCUGAGUUCCCAGGGCGAGCUCUCUGUGGAUGAGCAGGCCAUGAUGGCACUGGCACUGGUGUGUGCCUACAACCAGACUAAGCUUCAGGACGUGCGGGACCUGCUGAAAACAGCUCUGACAAAGGUGUCCAAUGCCCUUCUCGACAAGCAGGCAGAGGGAAAUGGCAUGAUUGGGAACAUCUACAGCACAGGUCUGGCCACACAGCUGCUGCUGGCUGCAGGCAAGUUCUAUGCCCCGCGGGCAUGGGACUGCAGGCAGCCUGUGGCCACCAUCACCAAACACCACCUGCAGCAGCCCAUGGCCGUGGCUCAGGCACUGCCAGCCCUGGUGGGUAGAACCUACCUAGAUUCUGCCAGCCUGAACUGCAGCUAUGAAGCAUCUACAACCACUAACCUGCAGCUGGACCCGAUCCUGAGCCAGGGCAUGAUGGCUGAGAAAGUAUCCACAAUCACAGUGAAAUACACCAUCAUCAACCACUUGAUUGGACACUACUUCACCUACACCACCACGGUGAGUGUCCCUGCUGGCUCCGUGCUGCUGGUGGUGCUGGAGGAGGCACAGAGGGUUGACCCCAAUUUCAGCUUCAAGACAGUGCCAACAUCGUGGGGCCCGAUGGUGGUGUCCAUCCAUGGGUUGGAUGCCAGUGAGACCGAGCGGACCUUCUGGCAGUUCUUUAGCAGCAGUGAUGCACUGGAAGAAGGGGUCGGCACAUACAAGCCGCACAACGGGGAGCACAUCCUGGCUGUCUUCAGCACCUACUGACGGCAGGAGGAGGAGGAACGUAACUGCUGGGCGAUACGGCGGGGCAGUAAAGACUCAUUUGCAGCACGUC